AUGGUGGCAUCGGAGCCGGAGGCGCCCGUGGCGGCGGGCGGAGGCGGAACCAAUCCCGCCGCCGCCACGCGCAAGAGGAGCGGCCGGCUCGCGCGGGUGCUCGCCCACGCGCUCCUCGAGUGGAUCCUCAUCGCGCUGCUCCUCGCCAACGGCGUCUUCUCCCACCUCAUCGCGAAAUUCGCCGCCCUCUGCGGCCUGCCGCCGCCGUGCGCGCUCUGCUCCCGCCUCGGCGUCGACGGCCUCUUCUCCAGCUCCGCCCGACGCCGCGGCGGCGGCGCCGAGCACCUGCGCCGCGUGGUCUGCGACGCGCACGCCGCCGAGAUGUCGCGGCUCGGCUACUGCCGCGCGCACCGCCGGCUCGCGGACGCCGCCGACAUGUGCGAGGACUGCGGGGCGGCGGCGGCUUCCGGGAAGGAGCUGCUGUCGUGGAUGAGGCGGAGCGAGCUCGGCGAGCGGGACCUCGCCUUCGCCUGCGCCUGCUGCGGCGUCGCGCUCGAGAGCGGCUUCUACUCGCCGCCCUUCCUGCUCCCCAGGUCGGCGUCAGGCGACCUGGGCUGCGGCCACAAGCAGGACGAUACCAUGGCGUGUCUACACGGAGAUGUGGUCUUCGUGGCCGAGGACGGUCCUGUCAUCGAGCUUUUCGAUGAGAAGCCAUUGGUGGAUGACCAUGAUUCUGCUGGUGUCAUGCCAGCUCAUUCUGCUGGCAUUGCUGCCAAUGCUGAGCGUCUGGUGCCUCUUGAAUCCACCGACCCGCUGGCCACCUGUGUGGCUGCUGUGCCAUCUGAAUCCAGUGAGGAAGCAUUGGAUCAUGAGACCUCGGAGCCAGACUAUGCGGCGCCGGAGGACGAGGUUAAUGCCAAUGAGGAGCAAUCUGUGGUUGCCUCUGAUGAUGAUGACAAGGUGGAUGAUAUGGUUGAUCGGUCGACUGAUGGGGAGAUUGGUGCCCUGGGCGUCUCGGUUGCUAGUAUGGCGCAUGAACUCAACUGUGAAACAAAUGCAGGAGAAACUCCGGAGAGCUUAGCUGAUCACCACUCUCCUCAGGGGAACAAUGGAGUGGAGGUCAAGUAUCAGGGUAUAUCAAUUGUGGAUGAAAUGUCAGAGGAUGAUGAGCAAGUUGAACAGGGGGCUGCUAAACAUGAAUUAUUUUCCAUGCAGUCUGAUACCAGGGGGCAGGGAUUUGUUGAUGACAAAUCUGAUGAAAAUACUGAAGCGGUGCCAGCUCAACAAGCUGAUAUAAAGAAUGAAUGGGACGCUAUGCCAGUGGAAUGUGGGUCCUUUGACUCUGAGGCUUCGAAUGAGAACACUGAGGCGAAACAUGUCGAUGAGGAAUUUGAAGAUGAGAUAAUUGCACAGGUUGAGUCACAACCAGAAUUGGACUCUGCGGCACUAGAUUCCUGGGAACAAGUUACUGAGACUUCGGGCAAAGAUGAUAUUGAAGUUGAUCCAACUGAGGCUUUUCUACCAAGCUUGCACCAGCUUUCUGAUGGACACUCAAUAAGUUCAGACAAAUCAUCACCUGACUGCAGUGAUGUUGAAGAUAAGAGAGUUCCUGAUACGCCAACCGAUGUUGAAGGCAUCAGUUAUUUGCAGGAAUUGCCGGAGCCCCCUAAAGCAGUGAUCUCUGUUACCAAGUCUGUUGAUUCAAGUGUUGCUACUAUGUCUACCGAUCUGGAAAGUGUUGAACUGGUGACUGUUGACCAACUAAAGUCUGCUUUGGAAGCUGCGCACAAAUCAUUGGGCACACUAUAUGCAGAACUUGAAAAUGAGAGGAGUGCAGCAGCUAUAGCUGCUGAUGAGACCAUGGCAAUGAUAAAUCGGUUGCAAGAACAGAAAGCUGCAAUGCAGAUGGAGGCGAUGCAGUACCAGCGGCUUAUGGAAGAGCAGUCAGAGUAUGAUCAGGAAGCACUGCAGAGGCUGAACGGUCUAGUUGUAAAGAGAGAUAAGGAGAGGCAAGAUAUGGAGAGAGAGCUCGAACUAUAUCGCCACAAGAUUCAUCUCUAUGAGGCGAAGGAGAGGAGGAAAAUGUCCAGGCACAAGGCUGAUGACCAGAAUGGAUCAUCCUCAGCAUCAUCAAGUGCUGAGGACAGUGAUGAUCUUUCCCAAAGUUUCUAUGAGGGUGAUGAAUCUACCCAUGGUCUUAAUGGAAGCAAUGGCAGUGCUGAUGUUUUACAUGAAACUGCUAGUCAUAUAGUUACAAUUGAUGGCUCUCUAGCUGAUUGUGAGGAAGAGAGGCUCUCCAUACUGGAACAGCUUAAAGUACUAGAGGAGAGGCUUUUUGACCUUGAAGAUGAAGAAUCUGAUAACAUGAAGAUGGACAAGCUUUUCUCAGAAGGUAACCAGUUAAAUGAUGCCUCAAAUGGUUUCUCUGAUGACGAUAUCAACCUCAAGCUUCAUGAGAGUAGAAGAAGCGCAAGCUACAGUCGAAAGAAGCUCCUCCCUCUAUUUGAUGAUGCUACUGUGCAAAAUGGUAAUGGCAUCCUAACAAAGCAAUAUACCGAAGCAGAUCCUUCUGCAGAAGCCGUGCUGGAACUUGCUAAAGAGCAAGAUAAACUCGCGAUUGCCAGUGAAAUCAAUCAAGUCCAUGAGCGCUUGCAUGCUCUGGAGUCAGAUAAGGAGUUCAUAAAACAGUGUGUGAGGUCUUUGAAUAAAGGAGGCAAAGGGUUUGUUCUUCUUCAGGAGAUCUUGCAGCAUCUUCGUGACCUCAGGAGGAUUGAGCAGCGUGCAAGGAACUCUGGAGAACUUUCGCCCCAUUAUGUGCAUCCUUACACGGAUUAAAGAUCAGCACCAGAGCUGUGCGAUCAUGUUCGGCGACAAUGCAUCAAGAUGGAAAUGCCACCAGCCAGAAAAAAAAAGAAGCUUGUCGACUAGCUAGGGCUAUAGUCAUGCCAGAAGUUGGGCUUGUCUCAGGAGGAGAAGGAGCUCCUCGUUCUACAGUUGGUUCGGCAUCGCCAUCGGAAUUCGGAAGGCGGAUCAUGCUGCAAAUCUACCUUGUAAGGUUUUUUGUUUGUGGACCACUCCUCACGUUGUGUCCCUUAAAUUUCGAUUUUGAUGGGGAGUUCCAAACUUUUGCGCAAUGGUGAUAGGGUUGGUGAGCUGCCCACCCCCCCAUGAGGUGUGUUUCGUAGCAGAAAUCAUGGCUUUUGAGAGAGCUUGCAUUAAUUAAACAUGGAACGGGCCGCCGCCAGCUCUGGUGCCAGGUAUAGGGUGGAUAUAAAAGAAAGUUUUUAAAAGAAUUGUUAGUCUAAGUGGGCUUCUUCUUUUAGUUCUUUUUUAAUUCCCCCUGUACAUUUUCUAGAUAGAAUGUAAUGCUUUUGGCUUCUGGAA